CUUUACCGUCCCCCUUCCUCAAAACCCCCGGGAAAGCAAAGAACCCUAAUCUCUGCGUACGUAAAACUAAACAAUGCUUAUUGUAUAUCAUCAAUGGCGUUUUUUAGAUCACUCAAAACCCUAGUUUCCAAAUCUAUCAAAAACCAAUCCAAUUCCACAUCCCCUUCUAGAACGUUCUUAUCCCUCGUUUCCCCAACCCCAACUCCAAAUAUAUUCUCAUUAUCAAACAAUCAUCGCCAUUUUCUUUUUCGGUCUAAGUUUUUUUCUCCUUUUUCUAAUUUUGGGGGCCCACUCUUCCUCUCAAACCCACCAUGGAAGCUCUCCCAAUCGGCCACCCCUCUUCUCCUCCAAUCCGACGUCGUACUUAAUUUUCUUAAACUUCGGGUGCGAGCCCUCGAUUUGCUUCACCGGCCUCCCUUUCGGUAUAAUCUUGGGUUUCAAUCCAAUGCUUCUGUUCAGAGGCUGUUGUCACAUGAGAGGGAUAAGAAGAAAUUAAUUCAUGGGUCUGAGCUCGAUAUUAGUUCCGGUGGAGUUACUGACAGUUAUUUGAAUCUUCCGAAUUACAUUUCGGUCAGUAGGUUGCUCUCUGGUCCGUUGCUAGGAUGGAUGAUUACACAAGAAAUGUACCUACCUGCAUUUGUUGGGCUUGCCAUCUCAGGAGCAACUGAUUGGUUAGAUGGCUACCUGGCGAGGAGGAUGAAAAUCAAUUCUGUAGUUGGCUCCUACCUUGAUCCUCUGGCUGACAAAGUUUUGAUUGGGUGUGUUGCUUUGGCAAUGGUGGAUAUGGGUCUUCUACACCCUGGACUUGUUGCACUGGUUGUACUACGUGAUGUUGCUCUUGUUGGUGGCGCAGUUUACAAAAGGGCUAGCAGUUUGGAUUGGGAGUGGAAGAGUUUGUCUCAUUUCUUCAACCUUGACAGUGCUGGUGCACAAAAAGUUGAACCUCUCUUUAUAAGCAAGGUCAAUACAGUUUUUCAAUUGCUCUUAGCAGCUGCUGCACUUCUUCAACCCAGUUUUGGAAAUGAAGAAACCCUACCGUAUAUUACAUAUUUGAGUUGGUUAGUUGCUUUAACCACAACCACUUCAACUGUGGCAUAUGGUGCUCAACAUUUGAGAAACAACAGGUCUAUAUGGGUGGAAAAGCCUACUUACAGGACUUAAACGCAUCGCAAAUUCUGGCUGCUUAUGGUUCCAUGUGGAGCAAGUAACAAGGUUCUUUUUUAGUUAUUCAGAUGUACUAUUUUUAUUUUUAUUUUCUUCUCAGGGGCAGGAAAUGAAUAAAAUAUAUAGGAUAGUUUUCCAGCCAAAAACACCUCAAAUUGUAAACUUAUGUAGACGUAUUAACAGAGGGUUACAGCACAUUUUAUAUUUUAGAAUAAGGACAUGGUGUUGUGUAGUGAGUGCCUCUAGCUGUGAAAUAGACUAGCAGUUCACUUCUACCCUUCAAAUUGGAUGGACGAUGUAUUACCAGAAUAUCUUACCUAUAGAUAGCCCACUUGACUACAA